CCUGAGAGUGAGUGGGCUUACCUUAGAAACCAUCGCGCCCUUGGCUAGUGGCUGUUUUUUGUGGGGGCGAAUCUCCGCGGCCGACGUCAGCUCACAGCUAGUCGCAACCAGGUCAGCUCGCAGCUAGUCGCAACCAGGUCAUCAGACCUCGAGCUUUCCCAAUGCGGGCAGUUUGACGCCUCGACAUUAUUUUUCUUUGCGAGCCGAUAGAAUUUUCUUGAGUUUCGUUUCUCGAUUUUAGUUUUUACAUGCCCUGAAACCAUCCGUCGGCUCUACUUGCUCUCCCCGCCUCCUCGAGCAUGUCGCUUCUUCUAAGCCGUCGGAUCUCAAGUAUACUGCCCAGACAUUGCCAGUUGUGCACAGAGGAUAGGUCCGCACAGAUACUCGUAGAGCUCUAGGGACCAGCGUGGCGAGCCAGAGCGAGACAAAUCCCCGUGGUUCCUUACGGUUCCCCUGACAAAUUUUCUGUCCAGUUGCCCGAAUCGUUCUGAUCCUCACGCUUAUGAGAGAGGAAAAAACUGCAGAGCUGGCAGGAGCCGACCCUCUCUCUCUCCAUCCGCCAGCGCACGGAACAGUCUCCAGUCUACUUGCCGUGACAAAGUCUCUUACCGGUUUCCCUCCCAGCUAUUCUUCCUUGGGUUUUCCCGUCUAUCGAUUCCUCCUCUCCGUGUAAACCGCCGUACGUACCGCUGCCGGCGACGAUCUCUGUGCGCGAGUAACUUCCGGAUCGACAGUAAUCGCUGCCUUCUUGGACCGUGCCGCGACGUGCAGUGACAGUGUCUCGACGUUUCUCGACAGUAAUCGGUGCCGUUUCAUUCUCGCGUCCCGCACUCAGAAAGAUCUCUGCAGACGGUGCAUCUCGCUCGCUGCUGACCGUGGAUCGCCGUAUCUCGUCCGUCCUCUCACUCUGCUGCUCCUUGGCGGCUGCUGCUUUGCUGCAAGGCGUCGUGGAGCGGUUAAGGCACGAUGUACAUUAAGCAGGUUAUCAUCGAGGGUUUCAAGAGUUACAGGGAGCAAGUAGCCACCGAGGAGUUUUCACCAAAGAUUAACUGCGUCGUUGGUGCUAAUGGAUCCGGCAAGACGAAUUUCUUCCACGCCAUUCGCUUUGUGCUGAGUGACCUCUUCCAGUCGCUGCGAAGUGAGGACCGUCAGGCCCUGCUGCAUGAGGGCGCAGGGCAGCAGGUGGUGUCAGCGUUUGUGGAGAUUGUGUUUGACAACUCGGACAGCCGACUGCCGGUGGACAGGGAGGAGGUUCGGCUGCGGCGUGCCAUCAGCGGGCGCAAGGAUGAGUACUGGCUCGAUCGCAAGCACAUCACCAAGCAGGAGGUUCUCAACCUUCUGGAGAGUGCUGGCUUCUCGCGCUCCAACCCGUACUAUGUGGUGCAGCAGGGAAAGAUUGCGUCUCUAUCGCUGAUGAAGGAUGCGGAGCGGCUGAACCUGCUCAAGGAGAUAGGAGGGGCUCGUGUGUACGAGGAACGGCGCAAGGAGAGCCUCAAAAUUAUGCAGGAAGCAGAGGUGCGUCGGCAGCAGAUUGCAGCCUUCCUGGCGCACAUCGAAUCCCGGCUCAAGGAGCUCGACGAGGAGAAGGAGGAGCUAAAACGCUUCCAGCAGCUGGACAAGCAACGCCGGUCGCUGGAAUACGCCAUCUUUGAAAAAGAGCUCGCUGAAGCGCGGGAGCAGCUGGAGAGCGUGGAGUCGCGGCGGCGGCAGGUGCAGGAUCGCACGAGUGGGACGCACGAGAAGGCGCGGGAGAGGCAGGAGGAGGUGAAGGAGGUGGAGAGGCAGCUCAAGGCGAAGAACAGGGAGCUGCAGGGGCUGGUGCAGGAGCAGGAGGGGGUCGAGGAGCAGCGGAAUGAGGGCAUGCGCGCGUGCACGCGGCUGCAGCUGGACGUGAGGGAGCUCGAGCAGGCUCUGGAGGCAGACCAAGGGCGCAAGCAAGAGCUAGAAGCAGAGCUGCAGGAGCUGCAGAGGGACAUUGCCAAGUCGAAUGCGGACCUGGAAGCCAUUCACCCGCAGCACCAGCAGCACAUGGCAGAGGAGACGGCGCUCAAUAAGAGGCUUGCGGAGUGCUCGCGGCGUCUGGACGCGUUGUACGAGAGGAAGGGGCAGAAGGCGCAGUUUAAGAGCAAGGAGGAGCGGGACCGGUGGCUCAGGCGCGGGAUUGCAGAGCUGGAGCAGCUGGUGCAGCGCAGCGCUGUGCAGCUGAGGGGUCUAGAGUUGGAGAGUGAGAGGCUGAGGCAGGUGGGGCAGCAGCUGCAGGAGGAGAUGAACCAGAAGGGCCAGCAGGUGGGGGAGGCGGAGGCAGAGGCUGCUCGGUGCGCGGAGGAGAUGCGAGGAGCCAAGGCGAGAAGGGAUGAGCACAACAGCCGCCGCAAACAGCUAAUGAAGCAGGAGGCCGACCUAUCGGCAGAGGUGAAGCGAGUGAGCGAGGACAAGGACAGGGCGGAGGGGCAGCUUGACAAGUCCACGCCAAGGGACAUCCGCCGCGGGCUGUUCUCGCUGCGGCAGAUCGUGCGGGACCAUUCCAUCCGCGGGGUGCACGGGCCACUGCUGGAGCUCGUGGGGUGCGACGACAAGUUCGUCACGGCAGUCGAGGUCACCGCAGGCAACAGCCUCUUCAACGUGGUGGUGGAUAACGACGAGACUGCCGCCCGUCUCGUGCGGUACCUGAACCAGCAGAGGGGCGGGCGGAUCACGUUCAUUCCGCUGAACCAGGCGCGCGCGCCCACUGUGGCGUAUCCGGAGAGGCAGGACGUGGUGCCGCUGCUGUCCAAGGUCAAAUUCGAGCCGCAGAUUGCCGCUGCAUGCGGACAGGUGUUUGGCCGUGCUGUAGUCUGCCGCGACCUCUCAGUAGCAGCGGACGUGGCCCGCUCCGGGAGCUUUGACUGUAUCACACUGGAAGGGUCGCAAGUGGAGCGCAAGGGCGCCAUGACCGGGGGCCACUACGACCCGCGGCGGUCGCGGCUGCGGCUGAUGCAGACAGUGAGGGAGAGCAACCGGCGGGUGGGGGAGCUGCAGCAGGAGCUGCGGCAAGUCAAGGCGGCCAUGCAGGAUAUCCUUCCAAUGGCAUUCUGUGCCCACCCGGCUUCUUCCCUCCUGGAAUUUGCCUGCCCCCACCCAACUUCUGCCCCUAUGUCUCGUCCUUCUGAUGCUCGUUCCCUCUGCUUGUCUCGGUUUUACACUCCUGGCGCCUCCUGCCUUGCUUUUGCUGUUCUUGCUGGUUGAUGGUUGGCUCGUUUUGUUGUUGUUCUUGCUUCUGCGUCCGGAUCCAAGGAUUCCUUGACCUGCAGGACCUCCUACUCU